GAGUGCUACAGUGGCGUCCUGCGCCCCAAACGGAGCCGGGCGAGCAUGUUGCUGAAACAAAACCCGAAUCUGCAGAAGGAAGCCUUCGACGAAUACGGACGGAGAAGGUCUAGUUUCCCCACGGUUCUUGCACAUAACGGCGCAAUGGGAGGGAAGCGGCUGAGUGGUCUUCAACAGCCGAGCAAUCAAGACAAUGUCCGGUUAAUGUCCAUUCGUUCCGACGCCAUCUUACCCGGCGGGGUGAGUCAAGAGGACCUGAUAUUGCUGCAAAAGGCGCAACGAAAGAAGCGGCUGUGCUGGUGGUGCCCGUGCAUUAGUUUGAGGAGUAAGACCAGCAGCUUUUCGCCGGUGACUG